AUGUCCAACCCUUCCACCCCCUUUCCUGCUCCAUCCUGGUCCCGUCAAUUCACCAUCUCCCACUCCCCCACCUCCCUCCCUGGCGACAAGCUCCUCCUCCCCUCCUCCGCCCUUGAGGAACUCCUGGCCGCUUCUCCGGUGACUACUGGUCCCCAGCGCGGCCCCUCCACUAAUGCAUUUUCCCGCUGGGAUAGUCCGGACCGGUGGGACGCGUUCGAGAGGAGCGUCCAGAGCGGCGAAGCCGGGGGGUAUGGCACUAUUGGAGAAGAGAGGCAGAGGCAGCUACCGCACCCGCUGACAUUUCGAGUGGUGAAUCCACGGAAUGGGAGGGUGGUGUAUGCAGGGGUGAGGGAGUUUAGCGCGGAGGAAGGGACGGUGGUGGUGAGUGGGUUCCUACGCGAAGCGUUGGGGUUACGAGGGGUGGUCAAGAACAAGGAGGCGAGGAUAGAAGCGUUGCGAGGGAGAGAUGAGAACGUGGAAAUGCAAGACAGCGAAGAGGAAGAGGAAGAGGAAGAAGCAGUAACAGUCCACGCCACCUCCGUCCCCAAAGGUACCUACGUCAAAUUGCGGCCCCUGGAACCGGGCUACGAUCCCGAAGACUGGCGGGCCCUCCUCCAAGAGCAUCUUCGGUCCAACUACACCACUCUCACCAAGUCCUCCAUUCUCGUCGUUCCUAGUGGUCGACUUGUCGCUGCAACCAAUGCCGAUUCAAAUCAGCGGAGGAAAGUCAGAGAGCAGUUCCGAUUUCUCAUUGACGAAUUGAAGCCCGAGUCCGACGCCAUAUGCAUCGUCGACACGGACCUGGAAGUCGACAUCGAGGCUCUGGAUGAGGAGCAGGCACGCGAGACGCUACGACGGAUCGUCGAGAAGCGGGAGAAGAAAGGGGAAAAAGGCGGAAGCAGUGCAGGUGGAACGUUGGAUUUGUUCCGGAAGGUGGAAGGAUGGGUGAAAGAGGACGAGUAUGUGGACUAUGAGAUCCCAUCGUGGGACAGGAGCCAAGGACUGGAGAUCGAAUUGGUCGCCAACCUCGGAGUGGAAGACGCCGAAGUCGAUUUGCUGAUCAGCCCAUCUGGAGCGAGGCAAAGAGCAAGGCCACGAGAUGAUGAAUUCGUGUGGGCAGACUUGACCAGUCGCUAUCCCAAGCGAAUUCGACUGAACCCAACAAACGUCGAGCUGGAGACGGCAGAAUCGAUAUACGUAUCUGUAUACGCGUACCCCACUUCGUCAUCCUCCUAUGGGCUGCGAAGCUUUACCAUUCGCGUCCUACCCUUCGACUCGAAGUCACAGCAACCUCCAGGGACAUCGAUUAUAGCCGAGAAGACGCCAGCGCAGCCUGGAGAGGAGAUAUGCCCUAACUGCCAGAACUCGAUCCCAUCCCGCACGCUCCAUCUUCACACGUCGUUCUGCCUCCGCAACAACUGGCGCUGCCCUGAUUGCAACCGCGUGUUCCUCAAGAACUCCGAGGAAGCCUCGUCGCACUGGCACUGCGACGUUUCCAGCUGCCCGGUCGUGGACGCGAGCACAUCUCCACCAGCAUCUGCAAACGGCGACAACAUCGUAUCAAAGCAGAAACACGAUGCAUACUACCAUGAAGCCACGCGUUGUCCCGCAUGCAACGAACGAUGCACGUCGGUGUUCGAACUAGCUCGCCACCGCACUUCAACCUGUCCCUACAAAGAGAUCCUCUGCCAAUUCUGCCACCUCCUCGUCCCCCAGGGCCGCACCAUCCCGUCCUCCGACACAACCUACACGACCACCACCGAACCAUCCCAACCAUACGAUCUCCCCGCCACCAUCUCCCACGAUCUUUCCCACCCCAUCCCCGCCACCACCUCCCACGAUCUUUCCCACCCCAUCUCCCCCACCACCUCCCACGACCCUUCCCUCCCCUCUGCCCCCGCCGCCGAAGUCGCCCUCACCAACCUCACCCCUCACGAACUCUCCGAAGGCUCCCGCACCUCUGACUGCGACAUCUGCCACCGUCCCGUGCGUCUCCGUGACCUCUCCACCCACCUCCAACUCCACGCGCUGGACAACGCCGCAAAGCCGCCCCCGACCGUCUGCCGCAACGUGAACUGCGGACGCACCGUUCCGCGCGGUGCGAACGGGAUGGGCGCGGAGGUCGGGCUGUGCGAUACGUGUUUCGGGCCGCUGUAUGUCAGCCAGUAUGACCCGGAGCGGAAGGCGCUGAGUCGGAGAGUGGAGAGGCGGUAUUUGACGCAGUUGUUGGCGGGGUGUGGAAAGGGGUUUUGCACGAAUGAGUUCUGUAAGACGGGACGGGGGAAUUUGGGGAUACCGGCGAUUGGAGGGGCGAAGGAUGCGGUGGCGGCGGUGGGGGAGUUUGUGAAGGGGGUGAAGAAGGAUGGUGAAGGGGGACCGCUGCAUUUCUGUGUAGAUGAGGCGAGUCAGGGGAGGAAGAAGGUGGCAGAGGAGAAGGGGAGGGAGGUGAGCGUUGGGGGGUGGAGGAUGGAGUGGUGGGUGAAGGCGUUGGAGACGGAGAGGGGAGAUGUCAAAGGAGCAGCGAGCUGGUUGGAACGGUUUGCGCCGAGGGGCUAG